GAGAAGGAAGGAAACCUUCGAGAAACCAGCGAAAAGGCGCCCCAAUCCAGCCAGCCAGCCAGCGCCGAGACAGAUCAAACGCGCACGGCGGGGCCUCGCCGAACGCGACCGAAUCAAAAACCCUCGCCGGCGGCCGCCUCCUUCGCGGGCCGAUCCAUUCCGGCGGGCGAGGUUCAGCUCCUCGGGGGCGCUGCUCGGCGGCCAGAUCUCGCGCGGCGGCUCGCAGAUCUGGGGGCUCCCCGUUCCCUAGAAGCGCCUGCGGCGGGGGAUGGCGCUCUCGGGGAUGCGCGGGCUGUCGGUCUUCAUCAGCGACGUGCGCAACUGCCACAACAAGGAGCAGGAGCGCCUCCGCGUCGACAAGGAGCUCGGCAACAUCCGCACGCGCUUCAAGAACGACAAGGGACUGUCGCCAUAUGAGAAGAAAAAGUAUGUUUGGAAAAUGCUUUAUAUACAUAUGCUGGGUUACGAUGUUGACUUCGGGCAUAUGGAAACUGUUUCUUUGAUAUCCGCACCAAAGUAUCCCGAGAAACAGGUUGGAUACAUUGUGACAUCUUGCUUACUGAACGAGAACAACGAUUUUCUAAGAAUGGUCAUAAAUACAGUACGCAAUGACAUAAUAGGACGAAAUGAGACCUACCAAUGCUUAGCAUUGACGAUGGUAGGUAAUAUUGGUGGGAAAGAAUUUUCCGAGUCAUUGGCUCCUGACGUCCAGAAACUUCUUAUUUCAAGUAGUUGCCGGCCUGUAGUCAGAAAGAAGGCUGCUCUAUGCCUUCUGCGACUUUAUAGGAAGAAUCCAGACGUUGUGAAUAUUGAUGGCUGGUCUGAUCGGAUGGCACAACUUCUAGAUGAGCGUGAUCUAGGUGUUCUGACAUCUGUCAUGAGCCUUUUUGUUUCACUAGUAUCUAAUAACGCCGAAGCAUAUUGGAAUUGCCUUCCAAAGUGUGUAAGAAUAUUGGAGAGGAUGGCAAGAAACCAAGAUAUUCCGCAAGAGUACACUUACUAUGGAAUUCCAUCUCCUUGGCUUCAGGUUAAGGCAAUGCGAGCUCUUCAAUACUUCCCCACCAUUGAAGAUCCUAGCGCAAGGCGAGCUUUGUUUGAGGUUUUACAGCGGAUUUUGAUGGGCACUGAUGUUGUUAAAAACGUCAACAAGAACAAUGCCUCACAUGCUGUUCUCUUUGAAGCUCUUGCUCUGGUUAUGCAUCUUGAUGCUGAAAAGGAGAUGAUGUCCCAAUGUGUGGCUCUUCUCGGCAAGUUUAUUGCUGUCCGGGAGCCAAAUAUUAGGUAUCUUGGUCUGGAAAACAUGAGUAGGAUGCUGCUUGUAACUGAUGUACAGGAUAUAAUUAAAAGGCACCAGGCCCAAAUCAUUACGUCUUUGAAGGAUCCAGAUAUCAGCAUUAGAAGACGGGCUCUUGAUUUGCUAUAUGGCAUGUGUGAUGUUACAAAUGCAAAGGAAAUUGUCGAGGAGUUAUUGCAGUAUCUUAACACAGCUGAAUUCGCAAUGCGUGAAGAGCUGGCUCUGAAAGCGGCCAUUCUUGCUGAGAAGUUUGCUCCAGAUCUUUCUUGGUAUGUUGAUGUUAUACUUCAGCUGAUAGACAAAGCUGGAGAUUUUGUAAGUGACGAUAUAUGGUAUCGAGUGGUACAAUUUGUCACCAACAAUGAGGAUCUGCAGCCAUAUGCUGCAGCUAAGGCGAGGGAAUACCUUGAUAAGCCUGCUUUGCAUGAGACAAUGGUCAAGGUCAGUGCUUACCUUCUUGGAGAGUAUGGCCACCUUUUGGCUCGAAGACCUGGUUGUAGCCCUAAGGAAUUGUUUACCAUUAUAAAUGAUAGGCUUCCGACAGUAUCGACAAGUACUAUUGCCAUUAUUCUCUCGUCUUACGCCAAGAUACUUCUGCAUACUCAACCUCCUGAUGCGGGACUGCAGCAACAAAUCCUGGCAAUAUUCAAAAAGCAUGAGAGUUAUAUCGAUGUUGAAAUACAGCAGAGAGCAGUUGAAUAUUUUGAAUUAAGCAAAAAGGGCGCUGCUUUGGCUGAUGUGUUGGCUGAAAUGCCAAAAUUUCCCGAACGUGAGUCUGCCCUGUUGAAAAAGGCUGAAGAUGCUGAAGUUGACACAGCAGAGCAGAGUGCCAUAAAACUACGAAGUCAGCAGCAAACAUCCAGUGCUCUUGUUUUAGCUGAUCAGCCUCCUGUAAAUGGAUCAGCACCAGCUGCUAAUCAUCUCACUCUUGUGAAGAUGCCCAGUCAAAAUAUUGCCGAGGAAAGCAAUGUCAGUCAUGAAGAAACUGCGUUAGAAGCCCCCAAAGAAAAUGGUGCUCCUGUUGAAGUCGAGAGCAAAGUGGAGAUCCUCAGUGAGACCGCUGCUGAGAGUAAAGUCGUGCCUCCUACGUCCCAUUCGCCUUCUCAAGCAGAUCUCCUUGCGGACCUUUUGGGUCCUCUUGCAAUAGAGGGUCCUCCUGCUGCUGUAGAACAAAACCCUGUUCAAGGAUUGGAAGCUAAUGAAAGUCCGAUAGGUGACUUGGCACUAGCUACCCUUGAGGACCAGUCCAACUCUGUUCAGCCAAUUGUCAAUGUUGAGGAGAAGUUUCAUAUAUUGUGCACAAAAGAUAGUGGAGUUCUGUAUGAGGAUCCUAACAUCCAGAUUGGUUUAAAAGCAGAGUGGCGUGCCCAUCAUGGUCGUCUUAUUCUAUUCCUGGGGAAUAAAAAUACUUCACCUAUUGUGUCAAUGCGAGCUCUGAUUUUGCCUCCUAGCCAUUUCAAAGUGGAACUCUCUUCAGUGCCUGAUACAAUUCCUCCUAGAGCACAGGUGCAAAUUCCAGUUGAGUUUACAAAUCUCCGGGCGAGUAGAGAUGUUGCUGUUCUUGAUUUCUCAUAUAAUCAUGGAACUGUACCGGUGAACGCUAAACUUCGACUUCCUGUUGUAUUGCAUAAAUUCUUGCAACCAGUAACUCUUACGCCGGAAGAAUUUUUUCCUCAGUGGAAAGCAUGGACUGUUCAGUCACUAAAGCUUCAAGAAGUGGUUAAAGGUGUUAGACCAUUACCUCUUCCUGAAAUGGCCAAUCUAUUCCUGAGCCUUCACCUGGCAGUUACUCCUGGACUUGAUACCAAUCCGAACAACAUGGUGGCGUGUGGUACGUUCUUUUCGGAAGCAACCCAUACCAUGCUUUGUCUGGUCAGAGUUGAAACAGAUCCCCAAGACAGAACACAACUCCGGCUAACAGUUGCAUCAGGAGAUCAAUAUUUGACAUUCGAGUUGAAAGAAUAUAUCAAGGAACAUUUGAUUGACCUCCCAAGGACUCGAGUGUCCUCCCCGCCUGCUCCGCAACAACCACAGUUGCCCCCAGCAGCACCUGCCACAUAUAACGACCCUGGUGCCAUGCUAGCUGGAUUGCUAUGAAAUGGAAAUGUUUCGAGACAGUAGCAUCCGGACGUACACUACUACAGUUGUUUCAUCUGAGGAUCUAACAUCCGAAACAAGCAUCUUGCUGCCAAGACUCGAUCGUGGUUGAAGGUGGUGGGGCAGGAAGGGCUGGCGGAGUUUGUCUUCAGCUUGGUUCUUCACCGGAGAGCGAGUUUGUCUUCAGCUUGGUUUUUCACCGGAGAGCACUGUAUUCUUUUGGGCCGUAGCAAGGGCCCCGCAUAGUGUGUAAUCUUCCUUUGUUUCUCGAUAUAUGGAUGCCAUCUCGCAUUGCGUUUCCUAGGUCUGGUGGUGAACAUCAGUAGUUUUUGUGUGUUUAUAUGAUGAGGUGAUAGGUUUUCCACCAAGCCGGUUUGUAAAGUUGCCAAUGAUGCGCAUUGCAUUACUGUGUACCAAUAAUGUUGGAGAAUAGGGGAAAGGACAUCGGUAGGAUUUUGUCU